AUGCGUGACAGAUGUUCCAGACAUGAUUUCAGUUUUAAAAUAGUUCUACGUAAACAGGAUUCCAUAAGAGCGCAGCUUGUGAAAACAAGUUCCUGGAAGGCUUAUCGACAACUGCUUUCUAACCAGCAACAACAAAAACUGCUUCAUUACAAAAAAGAAGUUCCAGAAACUUAUCCCAUUUCUGGGGCUGAAGAAGUGCUAAAAAAUUAUAUGGAUGCUCAAUAUUAUGGCAUAAUUUCGAUCGGUUCACCCGCGCAAAAUUUCAGCGUAGUAUUUGAUACCGGUUCAUCCAAUCUUUGGGUGCCAUCCGCAACAUGCCCCUUGUUCAAUAUUGCAUGCUGUGAGCAAUACUAA